AUGGCAACCAAAAAGAUCAUCACCGUAUUCGGCGCUACAGGAGCCCAAGGAGGUUCUGUAGUCAAAUCCAUUCUUGGAGAUGCCAAGAUGAAGGAGGCUUGGACUGUUCGAGGUGUUACUCGUGAUACUUCGAAGCCAUCAGCAAAAGCUCUAGAAAGUCUCGGUGCUGAGACAGUUGCUGCGGAUUUAAAUGACGCGGCUUCAGUCAAGGCUGCUAUCAAGGGUUCUUAUGCAGUGUUUGGCGUUACGAAUUACUGGGAGAAGCAAAGCAAGGAGGCAGAAUUUCAGCAGGGAAAGGCGAUGGCUGAUGGUGCUAAGGAAGCUGGUGUUCAACACUUUGUCUGGAGUAGUUUACCUAAUGUUACCAAGCUAUCCAACGGUGCACUUACCGGAGUAGAACAUUUCGACUCCAAAGCGCAAGUCGAAGAGUAUCUUCGUGAAUCCGGCAUACCAUCAAGUUUUUUCAUGCCCGGCUUCUACAUGUCCAAUCUUCCAGGUGGAAUGUUCCGACAACAACCAACCGGAGAGUACGCAUUCUCUCUUCCUAUCCCAGGAUCCUCUCCAAUUCCUCUCUUUGACUCCGAAGACGACACCGGCAAAUUCGUAAAGGGCAUUCUCCUCAAUCGCGAGAAGGUAUUGGGGAAACGUAUCUUGGCGGCUAGCCGAUACUACACCUGUGACGAGAUUGUCGAAUUGUUUAAACAGACGUUCCCUGAAUCCGGAAAGAACGCCAAGUAUAAUGAGCUCCCUCAUACAGUUUUCAAAGGUGCCAUGAUAAGCUUUGGUCGAAGUGAAUUCGCGGCUGAGGAGUUACUUCAAAAUAUGAGAUUGUUGAAUGAGUUUGGUUAUUAUGGUGGUGAGCCGCUUGAGGAAAGCAAGGAGAUUUUGGAAGAGCCGGCUACUACUUGGGAGGAAUAUAUGAAGAAGGCCAAGGCUUUUGCUGAGUUGAAGUAG